GGCCGGUUGCCGCUUUACCCUCCGCCGGCGCUUUUAGGUACCGUACCGGGGGUGGAAGUCGGAGACGAGUUCUUCUACCGCAUUGAACUCGCCAUAGUCCGGCUCCACCGGCCAAUGGAGAAUGGCAUCGACUACGAUACCAACUCCGGUCUGGCCACAAGCAUCGUGGUCUCCGGCAAGUACAUGGAUAGGUGGAACAUAACGGAUGGGUUGCUGACGUACAGCGGCAUGGGAGGGUAUGGGGGGAGGAGGGCGGAGCCAAGGGAUCAGAAAAUGGAGAAGGGGAAUCUGGCGAUGAAGAGGAGUGUGGAGGCGAGGAAGCCGGUGAGGGUGAUAUAUGGAAUCAGGGAGUUCAAGAGGGAUACGGCGUAUGUGAUUUUCUAUGACGGGUUGUACAUAGUGGAGGGGAGGAGGAGGGUGUUUGGGAGCAAUGAUUGCUUCUCGUUUGAGUUUCAGUUGAGGAGGAUUGAAGGCCAGCCGCAUUGUCGCAAAUGGGAGGCGCAGUUGGAGAAGAAGACGAUUUGGCAAAGGAAGAAGCUUCAGAAUGGUUGUGAUUCAGGGAAGGGAUUGCUAGUCAAGUAAAUUUUUUGUUUUUUUUUGUUUUUUGACAUCUGACGAAGGUUUGAUGUGUAAUUAAUCACUUUCUUUUUUAGUUGUUUAUACGUUUGCAGGGGGAGAUAGUGACUCAUUUGGUUUUUUUUUUGUUAGUAUUUAAACUAUGAGCGAAAUUUUGAUAGGAAAAUGAUCA